UCUCUCUCUACCUGGCUAGAAUAGAAAGAGAGAAGAUUAAUUAACGAGAAACUCCAGAGGAAGAGAGAGAGAGAGCCAUCCUCCUCGAUAAAAUUCGAUCAAGGUAUACGUUCACGCUGUUGAUUAUUUUAAACAGAAGCUUGCAGUUAUUCACUUAGUCCAUAGUCCAUAGAUGGCACAAAAGGCUUCUAUUAAACGUCUCCAAAAGGAAUAUAGAGCACUUUGCAAGGAACCAGUCUCCCAUGUUGUUGCUCGUCCUUCCCCAAAUGACAUUCUCGAGUGGCAUUAUGUUCUGGAAGGUAGUGAUGGAACACCUUUUGCAGGUGGAUAUUACUAUGGAAAGAUCAAGUUCCCUCCAGAGUAUCCUUAUAAGCCACCUGGAAUUACAAUGACUACACCAAGCGGUCGGUUCAUCACGCAAAAGAAAAUAUGUUUGUCUAUGAGUGAUUUUCAUCCAGAAAGCUGGAACCCGAUGUGGUCUGUGUCAAGCAUACUUACAGGACUCCUCUCAUUUAUGAUGGAUACCAGUCCAACAACCGGAAGUGUGAACACUACUGUAGCUGAGAAACAACAGCUGGCUAAGUCGUCUCUCGCUUUCAAUUGUAAAACCCCAGCAUUCCGAAAGCUAUUUCCAGAGUACGUAGAGAAGUACAAGCAGCAGGAACUAGCUGAACAAACGCGACAGACGUCACCAAAGUCUCCUCAAGAGAGCAAUACAAAAGCAGAGUCAGAGAAAACAGUAGUCAACCCAACAAAGGAGGACUCGGAGGGUGGCUUGAAGGAGAAGAGGAAGAAGAAGAAACAAGGAUUACCAGCGUGGAUAAUAGUGUUGCUUGUGUCGGUGUUCGGUGCAGUAAUGGCCUUGCCUUUGCUUCAACUUUGAUCUCUAUGCAACAAAAACAUAGAAAUGGACGAGUCUUUCCUUCACAUAAGAUCUCUCCAUAUCAGGAGUAGUCUUCUUUUGUCUAAUGGCUCUUACUUUGAAUUUUCUCAGUUUUAGCCUCCUUUCAUGGUUUGUGCUUUUACAUUUCAUAGUUUGUAUAGUAUAUGGUUGGUUUGCAUUGGAUAAAUAGAACCUUAUGGUUUUCAGUCGUACUACUUAUCCAACACA